AUGACUUCACUCCCUCGCAAAGUAACCGUUGCAAAGAAUUUUCUUUUUUCUUCGGAGGAGAGAGAACACAUUUGGAGAGAGUUAUUGGCGUGGUAUGAUUUGAAUAAGAAGGAUUUGCCAUGGAGAAAAGCAAGUACAAUCAUUGGUCCAUCCUCCGAUGAAUCCAAUCCGGGUGAUGAUGAACUAUUGAAAGAAAUGAAAAUUCAUCAACGAGCCUAUGAAGUAUUGGUGAGCGAAUUAAUGUUACAACAAACGCAAGUGGAAACGGUGAAGAAUUAUUUCGUGAAAUGGAUGAAGAGAUUUCCAACGAUAAAGGAUUUGAGUGAUGCCUCCGAUGAUGAUGUACAUGGUGCUUGGUCGGGAUUGGGUUAUUACAAAAGAGCAAGAAAUUUACAUGCUGCUGCGAAAUACGUCGUUCAAGAGUACAACAAACCUAUUCAUUACAAGGACAACAGUUUAACUCACAAUAUUAUUUACAAAUUACCUGAUAAUGCGAAAGAAUUAAUGAACUUGAAAGGAGUGGGAAAAUACACAGCUGGUGCCGUGGCUAGCAUUGCAUUUGGAAAAUGUGCCAGUAUUGUUGACGGAAAUGUAUUUCGUGUAUUUGCUCGUUUAAAACAAAUUGAGGAAGAUAUUGCUGUUCAAAAAACAGCAACGUCAAUAUUUUGGCCAAUGGCCGACAAUUUAAUAUCUCAUUUUAGAGACAUUGAAGAUUUGUGUGACGACGAUGAAGAAAUUUCCUCUUCUUCUAUUAAAACUCGAUAUGGUGAUUUGAAUCAGGCAAUUAUGGAACUAGGAAGAACUAUUUGCAUUCCAAGAAAUCCAAAAUGUGGUGAAUGUCCCAUUGCAGAUGUAUGUUCUGCAUUUAAAGCAGUAGAGCAAGAUCAAAUUAACUCCGUUGAAAUUUAUCCAGUUAAAAAAAAGAAGACAAAGAAACGAACUCAAAUUGUAUCUUGUUGCAUAUUUUACAAGGAUGACGACAAUGAUAGUUGUCUCUAUGAAAAACAGCGGCACGAGCAGCUUCUAGGAGGAACAUGGCAUUUUCCACUUGUGGUCGUUUUUGAUGAAAAGAGCCCUUCAGAAGAGGAAGACGAUACUUCUGAAAAUCUACAAGAAGAGUCACAGUCAUCAAAGAAGAAAAAGAAAUCAAAAAAUAGCAGUUCAGGAAAAUCAGGUGCGAGCUCUUCAGACUCGGAUUUACAUUUAAGCAAAUUACAAAAAUUCCUUAUUGAUGAAGGUUUCAUUGAUGCCAAUAAUAGUUCGAUAUGCUUCGAAUAUCAUUCCACUGUGAAUCAUGUUUUCUCACACAUUAAUCAAACAAAUCAUAUUUACAGUUGCAGUAGCAAGUAUCUUAUUAAGGAUUUACAAUCAAAGUCAAAUGCUGACCAAUGGAAAUGGUUUGAUCAAUCAGCAAGAGAAUCUCAAGGCAUUUCUGAGGUUGCGAAGAAGAUAUUUCGACAAUUCAAAAAAACUUUGAAAAAUCAUGAAGCAUCACCUGUGUCGCCUCCCAAAGUGAAGUUCAAAACCAAGCCACCAUUCAGCACGGAGAAUGUUGGCGAUGGAUGUGCACAAAAGAUGGCAGAUGAAGAGGAUACUGUUGUUGCAGAAGAACCAAACAAGUCGUCGGACAGCAGUCAAGAAUCAACAACAGACCUCGCUGAGGAGAAGGGAAUCACCGAAAUAAGCAAAAAGUCAAAAUCCACUCCACCCAAAGUUAAGGUUGUUAAAAAGUCAGAACAGUCCACAGAGUCCAAGAAAAAACGAAAAAAACAAAGCGAAGGAAAUGAGGACUCUAAAAAGCCAGAGUCAACUACGUCUACCACGCCAACCAAGAAGCGAAAGCAAACCACGCUUACAGCCUUCUUGACGAAACAUUGA